AUGUGGCUUCAGUUGUUUUCAUUUGAGGCCGAAGACAAAACCAUGUCUCUCAGCGCCGCGCUCUUGUUCACAGAGGAGGUGUCUGUUCCAGUCGUGUCCUGUGUGAACGUGAGCUCUGACAGUGUCACUCUGCAGUGUUCAGUGAAGCACACAGAGCAGACCACACUGAGCUGGUUCAGAGGAGGUCAGUCUGUGGUCAGCAGCAGCUCUGCAGUGCUGCCCCUCACUGUCCAACAGAGGAACUACACCCACCAGUACAAAUGUGUGUCUCAGAACCCUGCGGAGGAGAAGACUGCUACAACCGGCCUGGGGGGCCCUGUACAAGCCCCCUCUGACCAAGAGACAGGGGGACCUGCAGUGGAGGCUGUCAAUGUCUUUGUGUGUCGGGUGAACAGGGCAGAGGGGGAGGGCUGUCCCUUCUGUGGGGAGAGGGAGACUGUGUUCCACUGCUUCUGGGAGUGUGGGAGGCUCAUGCUGGAGCUGCUGAGGGGCCUCUUCAGUUCACUGGGGGCAGAGUUUAAUGCACAGGUGUUUGGGGUAUUCAGGGCCUUACAGUCUGAGGCUGGAGGGAGGAGCCAGUCGCUGUCAGGGGGAGGUGCAGCUGCAGAGACCAGGUCUGGACUGGACUCCACUGGCUACGGACUCUGGCAACCCACUGGGUCAGAACGAGAUUCCUCUGGAGUUUGGAUCCAGAGUUUGCUCUGCGCUGGACUGUGGCCCUGCUCUGAAUCUGGAGAUAAAAACAACGCAUGA